AUGUUUCGACUGCUGCUCUUGCUUUUGCUCUGCGCCUGCACGCUCGCUAACACCGUGGAAGUCCAGCCGGCUCUUUCUGAACAGCGGCACGCUUUGGUGCCUUCGCCUCACAGCCUAGAUGCCAUCGCCAGGGCAGCCGCAGAGUCGUUUCUCGAGCAGCAUCAAGCCGCCACCGCCCAAGACGCCCAGCUCGACUCGGCCCCUCUGGAUGUGGACCCUGUCAAGCGAGACGCGUCGGCGUUUCUCGACCUGGACCCUGCGCCCCUCCAACUGCUCGACCAACACCAGCUGGGCCCUGCCCAAUACAUGCUGCCCAAGGUGCUCCAGGUCACAGCUAGCGGUCUCACCGGCAUCGCAGAGGCAGGCAAGAACCUCUUUGACGGCAUCGCACAAGUGCUCCAACAGAGCCAGGUCGCUUGGGCAAACCUUCAAAACGCUACAAACCUCACCAGGAUCCUCCAGGACUCCCUCUCGGAUCAGUUUGGAGACCAGAUCAGCCAAGCCGGCUGGCAGCUCACGCUCAACGACACCAUGCCUCCCUCCUCCUCCUCAAGACAGAACAAUGCCGCCCAGGCCAACUCCACCUUCUGGCUCGAACUCGUCGAUCACAAUGGCUCCGCCACCUACAAUCCCACCCCAAACACCUACAAGGUCUUCCGCAACGUCCGAGACUUUGGAGCCAAGGGCGAUGGAGUAACCGACGACACAGAUGCCAUCAACCAGGCUAUCAGCCAGGGCAACCGAUGCGGUCAAGGCUGCGGCAGCUCCACCAUCUCCCCUGCUCUCGUCUACUUCCCACCCGGCACCUAUCUCGUCUCGUCUCCGAUCGUCUCCUUCUACUACACUCAGCUCGUAGGAAGCGCUACAGACCGCCCUACCUUGCUCGCUGCUCCCUCCUUCCAGGGCAUAGCCGUCAUCGAUGAGGAUCCUUACGGCCCCGACGGUUCCAAUUGGUACAUCAACCAAAACAACUUCUUCCGCGCCGUCUACAACUUCAAAAUCGACCUCACACAGAUGCCUGCCUCCUCCGGCACGGGCAUCCACCACCAGGUCAGCCAGGCCACGAGCCUCUUCAACGUCCACGUCGAGAUGCGCCAGGAUCCCAACGGCAACGCUCAGCAGGGCAUCUUUAUGGAGAAUGGCAGCGGUGGCUUCAUGGCCGAUCUCUCCUUCCGCGGCGGCAAAUACGGCGCCUAUCUCGGCAACCAGCAGUUCACCGUCCGCAACGCUACGUUUGAGAAUUGCCAGACGGCCAUCUCGCAGGCAUGGAAUUGGGGCUGGUCCUACCACGACAUUCGAAUCUCCAACUGCACCCUGGGCUACGAGAUGCGCACGAGUCCAAAUCCAGCCUCGGGCAACCAGGGCGCUGCCUCCGUUUUGGCCUACGACUGGAGCCUCACCAACGUCGAUACCGCCUUCAACAUCACCACCCCCGAUUCCGGCACCGUCAUUCUCGACAACAUUGCCAUCGACCAUGUGCGCGCUGCGGUCAGCGCUGGCGGUGCAAACGAGCAGGUGGUGCUUCUCGAUGGCUCGCAAGAGCCUUCGGUCAUCAAGAGCUGGGUUCAGGGCGCAGUCGUGCAGGGCCAGCAGCAGCUCGACGACGCACAGGCCAUCUCGGACGUCAACAUUCGGCGCCCUUCGUCGCUUGUCGAUGCAAGCAAGCCUUUGCAGCCCUUUUUCAGCCGCAGUCGGCCGCAAUACCAAGGAGCCGCUGCCUCAGACUUUGUCAACGUCAAGGAAUUCGGAUGUGCAGGAGACGGCACCACCGACGACUCGAAGGCGCUCCAGCAGAUCUUGAACAGUAGCGCUGGUAGCAAGAUCGUCUACGUGCCCCACGGCACCUACUACCUCGAAUCCACGGUCACUUUGCCGCCAGGCACAAGGAUGGUGGGUGAGGUCUGGCCCGUCCUCAUGGGCGGUGGGCCGCUUUUCCAAAACAGCUCAAAUCCUCAGCCCGUCAUCCGCGUGGGAUCGCCGGGAGACUCUGGCGUCAUGGAAAUCUCGGACAUGGUGUUCUCCACCCGAGGGCCCGCAGCCGGCGCCAUCGUUGUCGAAUGGAACAUUCGAGAGCUGGACGGACAGCAAGGCUCCGCCGCUGUCUGGGACAGCCACAUCAGGGUCGGCGGAUUCGCCGGCACCAACCUGGAGGCGGACAAGUGCGCGCGAGAGCAGCCUUUGAGCGAGCAGUGUCGUGCGAGCUUCAUCAACCUCCAUCUCACUGCCAACUCGAGCGCAUACAUCGAAAACAUGUGGGUGUGGACGGCAGACCACGAUCUCGACUACGGCGAGCGCGCCCAGGUCAACCUCCUGUCCGGGCGCGGAAUCCUUGUCGAGUCCAAGCAGGGUCCCGUGUGGAUGUACGGCGGCGCGUCGGAGCACUCUGUGCUGUAUCAGUACAACAUUGUCGACGCCAGCAACAUCUUUAUCUCUCUCGCCCAGACCGAGACGGCAUACUUCCAGGGCGCAGGCCGCGCGGUCGCCAGCGCAGAAGAGCCGCUCUCGCUUCAGCGGUACAAAGAUCCGAACUUUAAUCUUUCGUCGGCGCAGUCGCCCACUUCGCCCUUUGCGGAUCCGUCGGAUCCCUACGAGAACCGCGGCCUUGGCAUGCGCAUCGCCAACAGCAGCAACAUCUUGGUCUACGGCGCCGGCUUCUACUCGUUCUUUGACAACUACAACCAGGCCCAGGUCUCCAAUCGUCGGUCACAGAAGAGGAUCCUCUGGCUCGAGAACGUCGACUCGCAAGCCAACGUAUGGGUCCUCAACCUCAAUACCGUCGGCGUAGAGAAGAUGGUCACCGUCGACGCCAUCGAUACCGUCGACGAGGGACCGCUGCGCAACGGAUUUGGGAAUACACUCGCCGUUUGGGCGGCCCAAAUCGCGUGGUAG